AGAGUUUUUUAGAGUUCUGUUGAAGUCACAGACGAUGAAAGCUACUAGUGACAUCAUCACUGUCAAUAUUAAAGGGUUAACUCCCGAGACAUGUAAUGCUAUUUUGCUUUCUGUGUACAAAGGGGAGCUCACCGUCACCAGUGACAACAUGUUAGAUCUCUGGCACGCUUCACAUCAUCUACAAAUUGACUUUUUGGUUAACAAACUGGAAAAUUUUAUUUCUAGAAACAUCACAGAAGAUAACUUUUUUAUCAUUUAUAAAAUGGCAGUUGAACUAACCUCUGACAGAAUCAUAAAAUCAAUACAGAGUUUUAUGGCUAAAAACUUUGAGAAGAUAAGGAAAACUGGGGAGUUCUUAAAUCUGUCUUAUAAUUGUUUACUGUCAAUUAUAGGACAUGAUGACCUAGUUCUGAAAUCACGUGAUGACUUGGUCAGGUCUGUUCUUUAUUGGAUUGAUUAUAAACCCAGAUCAAUGGAUAGUACUGGGAGAUCUCAGGAAGGUAAAGGUGCAACCUUGAAAGAAAAGAAACUCGUGGAUAAAGCACAGAUGUUGCAUGCUACCAAAGAGAAACAUACAAGAAACGGAAUUGAUGUGAUUUUUAAAUCAGUUGACCAGAUGACGUACAAGGUUGAAAGUUCAAGUCAAAGAAAAGACAACCUUGGCGCACUUAUGAAACUAAUCAAACUGGAUGACGUCAGUCAAGACUGUCUCCUGACAUUAUUAAACAAUGACGACAUCAUAGAAUGUAGAGCAGUCAGGACAAUUGUGAGGCAAGCCUUCGCUGACCGGAGAGACAAGACAGCAUUGGUCAGAGAGGUCCCAAGUACUAUAAGUAGCUCUGAUUCAGUCUUGUAUGACUCACCAGUAG